AUGCCAGCGAUCUGGCGGCCGAACGUGAGUAGGGUGCUCCCGGAUGUGGACGUCGAGGUGGGGGUGACGGAGGACGCGUCGAGCAAGGGGACGAAGCGGAAGAGGGGCCCUCCCACGAAGGGGCCUUGCGAGCACGGGGUGAAGUGGCGGUCGAAUUGCAAGGUGUGCAGCGCUUGUCCGCACGGGAAGCAGCGCUCUCGGUGCAAGGAGUGCGGCGGGUCUGGAAUCUGCGAGCACGGUCGCCAGCGCCAUGGCUGCAAGGAGUGCGGUGGGGGCGCAAUCUGCGAGCACGGUCGUCGGCGCUCUAAGUGCAAGGAGUGCGGUGGGGCAUCAAUCUGCGUGCACGCUCGUGAGCGCUCUAAGUGCAAGGAGUGCGGUGGGGCAUCAAUCUGCGAGCACGGCCGUGAGCGCUCUCAGUGCAAGGAGUGCGGUGGGGCAUCAAUCUGCGAGCACGGUCGUCGGCGCCCUCAGUGCAAGGAGUGCGGCGGGGUUGGAAUCUGCGUGCACGGCCGUCAGCGCCACCGGUGCAAGGAGUGCGGUGGUGCAUCAUUCUGCGAACACGGCCGUCAGCGCUCUCUCUGCAAGGAGUGCGGCGGGGCAUCAAUCUGCGAGCACGGUCGUGUACGCUCUCAGUGCAAGGAGUGCGGUGGGUCUCAAAUCUGCGAGCACGGUCGUCGGCGCUCUAAGUGCAAGGAGUGCGGCGGGGCAUCAAUCUGCGAGCACGGUCGUGUACGCUCUCAGUGCAAGGAGUGCGGUGGGUCUGGAAUCUGCGAGCACGGUCGUCGUCGCUCUCGGUGCAAGGAGUGCGGUGGGGGCUCCAUCUCCGCCGCCGCGAAGGCUUGA